AAAAGGAAAAAGAAAUGUAAAGCCCAAUCGCUUUCGGCAACAUGGAGUAGACUGUGUCAACUUCCUGCCUGUAAACUGUAGAGGCAGAGAAGAAGAGAAGACCACUCCCAGUGGUUCGGUGUGGAGAGCGUCGUUGUUGUUCAUCUCCGGUUGCAAUUAGGGUUUGAAUCAGUAAAUCGAUAAAUCGGCUUGGUGCUGCAUCUUGAGAUUGAGAAUGAGAUCCUUUCCACUGCAUUCCAUCUGCUGACAAUGGGCAACUGCGGUACUAGAGACGAGGCUGCUGUCUUCACUCCUCAAGCUCAAGCCCAACAGCUCCAGAAGAAGCACUCCCGCUCCGUCUCAGAUCUGAGCGAUCCAUCCACUCCUCGCUUCCGGGACGACUCUCGCACUCCUCUUUCGUAUGCCCAGGUCAUCCCCUUCACUUUAUUUGAGCUCGAGACCAUCACCAAGAGUUUCCGCCCCGACUAUAUUCUCGGAGAAGGCGGCUUCGGCACCGUCUACAAGGGCUACAUUGAUGACAAUCUCCGCGUUGGCCUCAAUCACCAUGGCCUCUCCUCAGAAACCACAGCUCCCCUGUCUUGGUCUAGAAGGAUGAUGAUUGCUCUUGGAGCGGCGAAAGGGCUUGCUUUCCUCCACAACGCUGAAAGACCGGUUAUUUAUCGGGAUUUCAAGACAUCCAAUAUACUGCUUGACUCGGACUACACAGCCAAGCUUUCAGAUUUUGGGUUAGCUAAAGCUGGGCCCCAGGGUGAUGAAACCCAUGUAUCAACUCGAGUGAUGGGUACUUAUGGCUAUGCUGCCCCAGAAUAUGUGAUGACUGGACACCUGACGGCCCGAAGUGAUGUGUACAGCUUUGGAGUUGUUCUUCUGGAGAUGUUGACAGGAAGAAAAUCAGUGGACAAGACAAGACCUAGCAAAGAGCAGAACCUGGUUGAUUGGGCUCGGCCGAAGCUGAAUGAUAAAAGAAAGCUGCUGCAAAUAAUUGACCCGAGGCUGGAGAACCAAUACUCUGUCAGGGCAGCUCAGAAGGCAUGCAGUUUGGCGUAUUACUGUCUUAGCCAGAACCCGAAAGCUAGGCCAUUGAUGAGUGAUGUGGUUGAGACUUUGGAACCUUUGCAGUGUACAGGUGAUUCCCUAAUACCUGGUGCAACAACUGCGGCUGGAGCUGCAUUUGCAAUGGGAGGGGUGCCUGAUUAUAGAAUGCACCGGAGGUUUGCAAAGAAUGUUGGGCCUGGUGCCAUUUGCAGGUCACCCAAUCCAAGUUGUUCACCGGGUGGACCUGCAGCAUGCAGAGUGCGGUGA